AUGUCGGAAUGCAUCGUGUGGGACAGUCAGACCGGGACAUCCCACCCUUCCCAAUGGUACCGCCUCGCAGAUUCGUCCUCCCACCCAAAUUUACCAUCUUCUUUCGCGUUCUGUCCGACUGAGAAGCAGUGGGCCCUCGCAUCGCGCCACGACAUAACCGUCUUCCCACUUCCGGUCGAAACUCCCUGGACAAGUCCUACAGAACACCCUCAACCUGUCGGGCGCAUCGACCUUCAGCCCCUCCAUGGCAUGGUCACGAGACUCGUGUGGUCUAGGGACGGCAGCCAGAUAUUCGUUCAAGAUUCCAAAGCGAAUUUUCACAUCUACGACGCUCUGACAUUCACGCACCUCCUCACCCUCUCUCUUCCGCCCAUCCACAUGCCACCUUUCGACGUGGGUCGGCCUGAGAGCACUUUGGCGCUGUCGGAGGACGAACGAUAUCUCCUCUCCGACGUCGCGCUGGCCCCAGACCCCCCCUCUUCCGCCACCCCUCUCGGCAAGGUGUGGAUGCAUCCGUCACUCCCGCCGGCCCGGUUGCAAUCUACGCCGCUGCCGCUUCCCCAGGCGCGCUCACGCGCCGCCACGGAAUUUGCGAUUAAAAUAUAUGUGAUACCCUGCGACAACGCGGAGGCCGAGGCGGAGGAGGGCGAUGUGGAGGGCGACACGUCGAGGAGGGUGACGCGGGUAGACGCGGGCGAUGCGCGGGGAAGUGGACGAGGAGGGGGAGGAGGGCGACGCGGGCGGACGCAGGCGACGUGGAGAGCGGUGUGGAGGAGGCGGGGCGGGCAGGUUGCGCGAAGGAGGCGGCAGGCGCGGGCGGAGCAGGGCGGCGUGGGCGAGCUGCGUGGGCGGGCUGCGCAGGGCGAGGAAGAGGAGGGCGACGUCCGGAGGCGGAGGCGCGUGACGAGCGACGCAGGUGGAGGGCAGCGCGCGGGCGGAAGAGGGCAGCGCGCGGGCGGAAGAGGGCAGCGCGCGGGCGGAGGAGGGCUGUGUGGAGGAGGGACGAGGGUGCAGGAGGGCGAGGCAGAGAAGGCAGCGCGGAGGCGGAGGAAGCUGCUCGUCCCCAGGACCUACUCGGGGGUCUACGCGACCGCUCUCCGCCAGCACUCAAGUCCAGAACGCGAAGACCACCCUCCGCACGUCGUCGCAAUAUGCAGAGACGGCACUCUGCUCACCGCCGCGGUCGGCUUUCCCGACGUGGUUACCACCAUCCGACCUGCGGGGCUCCCGGCGGGUAAGCUCCCACCCAUCCGCGGCGCGUCCUUCUCCUCCGGCGGGGCGCGCGUGCUGGUCGUUGGCAGUGUGUUUUGCCUCGUCUUAGACACCCUCACCGGCGCGACAAUCGCCGGCAUCGACAGCGGUCGCUACGACACCCUCUUCAGAGGCGUCCCCGAGAGCGCGGAGCUCUCCGGCGACGGACGGGUGGCGAUGAUACAGAACGUGCGGUUGCAGCGGUGGAUUGCGCUGCCUGAGCCGGAGUGGUGGCUCUGGAAGGUCGAGGACGGGACGCUGCACCAGGUGCUCAGCUGCGAGGACGGACCGGCUGUGUGGGAGUGUGCGCUGUCCCAGGAUGGUCGUGUGGCUGGAUUCGCGACCGAAAAAGGAGAGGUGUUUUUCCGGAAUGUAGGGGACCUCUGUCCGACCCAUUUUCUGUGA